CGAAAUAGCAGAGAAAGUGAUUAGAAAUUACGAAAAUCCAGUAAAAAUGAAUAAAUUAAAAUCGUCACAGAGGGACAAAGUGAAGAAGUUCGUCGCUUUCACGCAGACGAGCGAAAGCACAGCUAUAUAUUGUCUCUCACAAAACGAUUGGAAAUUAGAUCUGGCCAGCGACAAUUACUUCCAAAACCCCGAUGCGUACUACAAAGAUUCCAUAAAAACCUCAGUGGAUAGAAAAAAGCUUGAACAACUCUUCAACAAAUACAGAGACCAACAAGAACUGGAUAAAAUUACGGCAGACGGGGUCAUGAAAUUCUUAGAAGACCUAAACUUAAGUCCAGAGUCAAUUUUAGUUUUAAUUAUAGCGUGGAAAUGCAAAGCAGCUGUACAAUGUGAAUUCACUAAAGAUGAGUUUAUUAUGGGCAUGGUUGAGUUGGCUGUUGACGGAUUAGACAAAUUAAAAGCUAAAUUACCAACAUUAGAAUCAGAAUUAAAAGAUUUAAAUAAAUUUAAGGAUUUUUACCACUUCACAUUCAACUAUGCUAAGAAUGCUGGUCAGAAAGGUCUAGAUCUAGACAUGGCGAUAGUUUAUUGGAAUAUUGUAUUGCGUGGAAGGUUUAAGUUCUUAGAUGCUUGGUGCAAGUUUCUCACAGAGCACCACAAAAGAUCUAUACCAAAAGACACAUGGAAUCUUUUACUAGACUUUGCAACACAAAUCGACGAUGGCAUGAGCAACUAUGAUGCUGAAGGUGCUUGGCCCGUAUUGAUUGAUGACUUCGUAGAGUGGUGCCAGAAGCAGGAAUUGACCUUGGAUGGGGUCAAAGCUUUAGAGCCGGUGUCUGGCUAGCUGAUGGCCUUUGGCUCACCGCCACUUGAAGUGACAGCUCCGAACAUUGAACAAGACUAUAGUUCUACGGACUGCCC